GGGGUCUACUAAUUGGAAAUACAUUCAAAAAGUUUGAAUCAUCUCAAUGUUUUGAUUAAUUUGUGAUAGUGUUUUUUUUUUUUUGGAGGCCAAAUAUUUUUUAUUUACUUUUUUAGUAAUGGAACGUUACUCUUUUUGCAUGUAAUAUUUUGCUAAAAUUAUAAAGAUUGUUCUAUGUUUGUGGCAUUGAAUAAAAAAACGUUUGGGAUUUAUCUGUAGUAACCAGCUCCGCUCAACAGAGGGCGCUAAGAUCCGCUUUAAGACGUUCCUCUUGUUCCACAGACAAAGAAGAAACAGAAGCGCGGAUGUUUGCAGAGGUUUCGAUUAGCUAAGUCUAGUAGCGUUUAAUGUCUUCUUCGCCUUUUCUGCGUCUACUUUGAGGGCUGCUAAUUCACUUUGUUGUGAAUUAGAGCUUAUCCGUGUAGACCCACGUUUCAGUAAAUAUCAGGGAAAAGUGGUUUAGCAUAAAUAUCUUCCGAAGAAUCUCCGGUAGCGGCAAACCUUUAUCUCGGCUAGCUUUAGCUUUGUUUGCGUUAUCAUGUCCGGAGGACUCGUUCGAGGACCCGCGGGAAGUAACGAUUGUCGGAUAUAUGUUGGGAAUCUUCCCCCCGACAUUCGCUCCAAAGACGUGGAGGAUUUGUUUUACAAAUAUGGAUCAAUUCGUGACAUUGAUCUGAAAAACCGCCGGGGAGGACCGCCUUUUGCCUUUGUGCAGUUCGAGGAUCCGAGGGACGCUGAGGAUGCUGUGUACGGAAGAGAUGGUUACGAUUAUGAUGGUUACCGUCUGCGUGUGGAGUUUCCGAGAAGUGGGAGGGGAGGUGGUGGCGGCGGCGGUGGUGGUGGCGGCGGCGGCGGAGGUGGAGGAAUGGGCCCGCCAAGGGGGAGGUAUGGUCCCCCCUCUCGGCGCUCCGAGAACAGGGUGAUUGUGUCAGGUCUUCCCCCCAGUGGGAGCUGGCAGGACCUGAAGGAUCACAUGCGGGAGGCAGGUGAUGUAUGUUAUGCUGAUGUGUACCGUGAUGGCACUGGAGUGGUGGAGUUUGUGCGCAAGGAAGAUAUGACGUACGCUGUGCGUAAAUUGGAUAACACAAAGUUCCGCUCCCAUGAGGGAGAGACGGCCUACAUCCGUGUGAAGAUGGACGGCCCUCGCAGCCCCAGCUACGGUCGCUCUCGCUCUCGUAGCCGCAGUCGAAGCCGGAGCAAGAGCCGAUCUCGCAGCUACUCCCCACGCCGCAACCGAGCCUCUCCCCGUUACUCGCCGCGGCGCUCCAACUCCCGCUCGCGAUCACGUUCCCGUUCUCGCUCCCGCUCACGUUCUCGCUCCCGCACCUAAACGUUUGGAAGCGGCGACGUGCCUGAGAGGCGGAGACGAAAGCGUUCCCCAAUAAAUCUUGUGUUCUCCUGGAGGAUCAUCUCAUGACACCCGUGUUCCAUCAUGUUGUCUGUUUUCUUUUUCCUCACACUUUUUGAGUUCAUUUCCUUUGUUUUCCUUUAUUUUGGAGACUUGUUUAUAUGACCCAUUUGACUUUCUCCCCUAGAGUCCCCUCACAAAAACAUGAUUUCUGUUGUCCAUCUCUUUCAUUCUGCAGUACACUUCUCCUGGCUGUCCAUCUGAAAUUCUUAUUUCUUUUUGCUUUUUUGCCUCUCCUUAGCAACCACAAAUGUCCUUUGACCUUCUUGUGUGUUUCUCUGUAGAGUUCAGAGGAACAGGAUAGGAUGGGAAGAGAGGAAACAGUUCAUGUUAAGAUAAACAGGAGGAGGAGGAGUCAAAUAUGGCACCAAUGGUAUGAUGGCUGUGCCUUGUAAACUGUGAAAUCUGCAUUAUGAGGCUUUUGUGACUUUUUUUUUUAACACCCACUUUCCAGUAGAUUGCUGUUGAAUGUUACAGUAAAUCAUGUUGUGUUCGGAAGACUCUAAGGUUGUUAAUUUUUUUGUUUUACUUUUUUUUUCAUCUUUGUAUUUUCAAAGUAACUUUGGGCUUAAAUUUAGAUAACGCCCUUUAAGUUUUAUCCCCCGAAGUAAACUCCCUGGUAGCUGCAUUUAUUAAAUGAAUUUUAUUUUGAAGGUGUGAUUCUAACUCACCUCCUUCUCUUUGCUGCUGGUAUUCUAAAGGUUUGGACUGGGCUCAUUGUCUCCCCAUUCCGGAGCUGGAUCAGGAUUCAGGAUCAGAUUAGGAUUAGGCUUCAGGAUGGAUACAUGGAGCACGACCCUGGCCCUGUCCACAUAACCCUGGCAUACCGGAAUCGUUUCUUUUUUGUAGCCUAAUCAAAAGAAAUUUGGCCCUUCUUUAAAAAAAAAAAAAAGAUUCCAUCUAUAUCUUUGAAACAACAAAGGUGCAAUUACUGACGGAAUGAGGAGGAAUUAUAUUCAAGCGAUUUGUAAUUUGAUAAGAGGAGCAAAGCUUGGAUCAGAUCCAGGAGGAGGUCUGGAAGUGGCAGGAUGGAUCUCCACACGGAAGGAGAGCGGUAAAUAGCGGGAAACCUUUGACAGCAGUAGAGGGAGGGGGGCGGGGGGCAUGGAAAUGUCUAAGGAAUGUCACAUUUAAUGUGUUUUGUUUGUUUUUCCCCAUUUAGGCCUUUUUUAUAAAUAGGUAAAACAUCAUUUUUUCCCCUUGACUCUUGUCUCCAGUAUUUCAAAGCUUUAUUCUCUUUUAAUAAAACAUUGAGUAACACUA